AAUAGUCAUAAAUAUCCGCUUGGCUUACUCAACUUUGUGGAGUCUAUCAUCUGUUAAUCUUUUACUACUUAAUAAGUGAGAACCACUGCACUACAUCAGUUACAAAUUUCUUGGCGCGAUUUUAUUUAAAUAUGUACAUAUGUAUAAAAUUUUAACUAAUAUACUGUAAUAUGGAAUUAAAUAAGUCGUCUUCCAAUAAUAAUAAUGACGAUGUUAAAAGUUCGUCCGAAGAUUCAUCAAGUGCAGAAAGAAUAAAAUUAGAGAAGGAAAUAGAAGACUUAAAGCAUACUGUUAAACAAUUACGACAAAAAUUAAAAAUUGUGAAACUUAAUAAUCUGAGAAAAAGCUUAAGUUCAAAUAGCGGAAAUAACAUUGUUGGUACAAGUAAUCAGGUUGUGUCAAUGAAUAUAAAUUAUGAGUUGUACAGAUAUGGUGGAUUAUAUUGUGUACAUAGUGUUAAAAAUGAACAUGUAAUUGGAUUUAAUUCAUCGUGGAAACAACAAAAGCAAAAUCUAUUUGCGAUACAACUUCUCAAACAAGGCAAGAAGAUACAGAUAGGUAAAUGGGUGAUGCCUAUGUCAGUUGACAUAAAUCAAUUAUUUUCUGAAGUAUCACUCAAUACAAUAUACAAUGUAAUACCUUUUGUACAAAAUUGUAAACAUCAUUGCAAUUGUUAUAUGUUUAGAUUGCAGCAAUAUCAAGAAUUAAAGUCUUCUGUUGAUAAUUUGAGUAAUUGUAAUGUGCAACCAAAUGUGGGAUAUACUUUACUUAUAAUAGAAUUAUUAAAUGUAUAUGAUAAAGUAGAUGAAAGUUAUGUCAAUAUCACAAUUUAUUUACGUUAUGAUUCUAUACAUGUUAGACCAACUGAAAUCAAACUUGAAAUAAUUGGAAGUAUAGAAUAUGAUGAAGAGACUGAAAAACAAUUGAGAAAGUCUCUAAAAAUAUUUUAUUCUGUUGAUUUGCGAACGGCAUUUGACAGUAUUUUAAAAGAUAAUAAUACACAAUUUACAUGGACAAGAAUGAAAAAGGAAGAUGCUACAUUAGAAAUCAGUGAAUCCAGCAGCUCGGAAGAUUAUCUGUUAAGUUCAGAUACAUCUGAAGAAGAAAUAUCUAAAAAAAGACGGAAAAGAAAAGUAUCACAAAGGAAAAAUAAAAACAAGAACAAAAAGGAUAAUAUUAAUAAUAAAUUAGAUCAGCAGAAUACAAAUAUAAAAAUUCAAAAGCAAUCAUCACAAAAGGAAAUAGGUAGAAAGGCAAGUACAAGUGAACCUAUGGAAACUGCACAUUCUCAUAAAUUGUCAAAAGUGCAAAAAAAAUCUAUUAAGAAAAGAUCACAGUAUGAAUCAUCUUUACAUAACUUUACCAUUAAAUUACGUUCAAAUGAAAAACUAGAAAGUACAUGCAAAAUGGCACAAAGAAAUAUAAAAAUUAAACCAGUAUCAAUUAGAUUACAAAAGAUGAAGAAUAAUCAUACUAGUACUCCUAUACCAACAAGACAAAAUCAUAGUCCUUUCGAAGAAUUACCAGAGUUGGAUAUAAGUGAUAUAAUUGACAAAGAAAAUAUUGAAUAAUAAUUAAAUGUCAUUUAAUUUUUUUAUAUAUAUAUAUACAUACAUAUAUAUAUGUAUGUAUGUAUGUAUAUAAUGUAUUGAAAAUUUAAAUAUCCUUAUUUAGUAUAUAUUUGUAUACAUAUAUUAAAUUCAUAAACAUAAUUAAUUUAUAAUUAAUAAUUAUAAUUUAAAAUUUUAUACACAUGUAAUUGAAACACAUGUAACCAAAGUAAUUUAAGGGUUUUGAAAAACAAUUACAUAUAUGUAUGAUAUUUCAACUUUACGCUUAAUAAAUGGAUCUUUUACGAACAUC